AUGCAUGAAGAAGAAUUAUACAGCUCUCUUCAGUGGGACACUCCAACCUCAGAGGCCUCUCAGAAAUGUCUCUGUCCUAGCAAAUGUUCAGGGACAUGGUGUGUCAUGACAGUGAUUUCCUUUGUGUUCUGUGUGGGCUUAUUAGCAACAUCCAUUUUCUUGGGCAUCAAGUUCUUCCAGGUGUCCUCUCUUGCCAUGAAUCAGCAGGAAAGACUCAUCCAGCAGGAUAAAGCAUUGCUCAACCUCACAGAAUGGCAGAGAAACUGCACCCUGCAGAUGAAAAACUGCCAAGCCUUGCAACAAAGAUCUCCCUGUUCAGGUAGUAUCUGUAGCCAUUGUCCACACAACUGGAUUCAGAAUGGAAAAAGUUGUUACUACGUCUUUCAAGUGCAGCAAAAAUGGAAUGGCAGUAAGGAGGUUUGUUUAAAGGAGGACGCCACUCUCCUUCAAAUAGACAGCAGAGAAGAAAUGGAUUUCAUCAUCCACAGCCCACGGAUGCUCAAAGGAUUUUCAUACUGGGUGGGAGUGUUUAAAGAUGGACUCAGUCAAUCUUGGUUCUGGCAAGAUGGUUCCUCUCCUCUCCCUGACUUUUUGCCAACAGAGAAACAGUUAUCAGCCAGCCAGAUCUGUGGAUACCUCAAAGACCGUUCCCUCUUCUCAGACACCUGCAACAACUGGAAAUAUUUUAUCUGUGAGAAGAAUACAUUUGGAUCCUGCAUCUGA